AUGAUCUUAAUGGAAGGAUUAAUGUUAGUACCACCUGAAAGGGGUACAAUUAUUGGAAGGGCAUUAUGGAAGUCUCGAUAUGUUGUCCUUGGUAGCGGAGCACAUCUACAAACACAAACCGAUAUCCUCGAAAAAUCAAAUUCCAAGAAAGGAAAAUCAAUCAAAACAGCAUCCUCGAAACAAAGUUUGGCGGAUUUUGGAAAAGUAUCAGAUGAAGGAUUGUUCAUAUCAAUCUACAAGGCAAAGGGAGAUUGGGAACAUAUUGCUCAACAUCCAAUAUCUGCUUUCAAAUCAUGCGACAUUCGAUCGUUAUCACAUCGAAAACAAGCUACACCACUUCCUACACUCAUGUUGGAAAUGAAACCCGAUUCAAUAUCAGAAAAACAACGAAAGAGAAGAUCAAGUCGAACAGGAGGAUUAACUUCAAACAAAGAUGCACAGUGGGCAGAUACACUUCUAUUUCGAUCAGUUCCCGAAGAUCGAAAUAAUAUAUACGAUUGGCAGAUCACCAUCAAACCACGAUUACAAGUUGAUGAGAACGAAGAAACUCCAAUGAGUCCCCUGAGCCCGAUAUUCACCUCUUUUACCAAUCCUUUUUCACCAAGAGAUCCAAGACCUUCAUCAAGGAAUGGGAGACAAGAUCAACCGACCCGCCCACCUUUUCAAUCCGUGGGACAAUACUCUCAAACCCCACGAGAUCGUCCUUCCGCAUUAAUCUCACCUUCUCCCAGCCUUCGUUCCCGCCGCUCAGACCUUUCAUCCCAAGCAAGUUCAUCCCAUCCACCUAUGGGUUUCACAUCAGCUCAUCCACAAAAUUUCAAUAAUACAACUUUACCCACGGAUUUACCUUCUCCUAUCUCCGUGUCGGGGUAUGAUAAUUUCAUCGAGGGUUGGACAUCUGCUCAGGGAAGAUCUUCAGCCUUGUCUCAUCACACGAGGGGAAGUAAUAGUAUUGCUUCUGCUAUUGCUCCACUGACGUCACCUAUUACAACAUCCCCUGGACCAAGAGAGACCAUUUUAGAUCGAGCAUUUCAGAUGAGAUGUAUACCUGGAAGUGAGAGAUUACAGGAUAGAGAAGAGGAUAAGAUUAGCAGCAUCGCACGAUUCGAAGCAUUAAUGAGAGAACAUGAUGAGAGAUUAUUACAAAGAUCAGCCACUUCAGCUACCGACAGUCAUGGAAGAUACAAACCUGGUUGGGAACUUGAAGAAGAAUCCGAGGAAUCAGAUAACGAAGACCCUGGUGCUGAUGUAUUGGAACAAUUGGACGGAAACGAUAUACACAUCCCUACACCUGCACAACGAGCUUUGGAUUAUAUAGCUGGACGACAAACCCCUUUACCUCGAACCAGUAGCUCUAGCUCGAGUCACAUGUCACCCAAUAGUCCACUGGUUCCUUUCUUAAAUCGAGAUGCUAUGAGUGCUCUUCAUAGUGGUUCAAGCUCUACUAGUCAAAGUUUUUCUUCCAUUGGAAAUGGUCUUCGUCCACGUACCGGAACUACAUCAUCACAUAUGCGUAAAAAUAGUCGACCAUCCUCUCUCGCCUUACCUCCGAGGUCUAUCUCUACGACUGCGGUUCCAUCUUUAAAAGAUAAUGGAAGUUCGGGUUUAGUUCCUAGCAAAGCGGAAAAGGAAAAGAGGAGAAGUAGUACAUCUACAAAACGACUUUCAUUUCAAGAAUUCGCUAGAAGAUUAAGUUCCACCAGUUCGCUUCUCUUGGUCCAAACAAAUGCGAGUUCGAAUUCAGGAAGGGGCGAUAGUUUUAGAGAAAGAGAUGAUUCUAGAAGGGGUAGUGUGAGUGAUCACGAACUUGAGAGUCCUCCAGAACUUGUAGAGGAAGGGGAUUUUGAAGGAAGAAGGGGAGGAUUGAGAAGUAGUAAUGGAUUAAGUAUGAGAGGUGGUGAUGGUCAAAGUGUGGAUAGGGAUAUGGCUAAGAGAUGUGGUAGAGGAUUUGGAGGAAUGGGUGUUUUUGGUGGAGAGGGAGGAUUUCUUUAA